AUGGCUUCGACAACACCCACCUCAGCACCGCCCUCGCGCGCUCGCUCAGCAUCUCGCUCCCGUAACAACAUGCCCUCGCGACCAACCACUCCCCUACGACCACACUCUCGCACCAGUCUCCGAGCCUCAAUCACGACCCCCACAAGCGCAAAUCAAUUCUCCGACCAAGCAGUCCCACUCGAAGCUCUGGAACCCGCUUUCGGUGAACUCGCCGAUGGCAUGGCCGACCUGGAAGCCAACAUGAUGCACCUGCAACUGCUGCACGAGAGUCUGAACCGCUUCAACGAGUGCUUUGGCGCUUUCCUCUACGGCAUGAACAUGAGUGCUUUCUGUGUCGACUUUCCCGAAGCCCCCGGCAUUGAAAGCUUCAAGCGUGCCGCCGAGGCUGCAAAGAACCAGGCUCAACAGGAUAACGCCAUGUCUGCCGAAGUCCAUCAUCGCGAGAGAGACGUGGACGCUACUUUCCUCACUACCGACACUAGCUUCGUCGAGAACCCUCCUACCCCAAAGACGACUCGGACCAACAGAUCUACAAUGGCUCCUCCCUCCACUACCUCGUCCAGAACCACUCGUGGCGCCAGCUCCAUAUCUAGAGGAAGGGGUACACCAGCUGCUCGCGGAACAAGAGCUGGCGGUAUAGCCGGCUCUACAAGGGGCUCCGCCAUCGGACGAGGCAGAGGUAGAGGCAUCAUCAGAUGA